GCUUUACUGUACGCUGAAAUGUUGGUGCCCCUCUGUUGGUUGGUGUUGGUGGUUGGACCUUUGGAAAUUACUGGAACACUAGUAAAGAAGUACAUAUGCGCUUGCCCACAGCCGCCCCGAUUGCUAAGUAUCUGUGAAUAUUCAAUGAUGAAUAAUUCACAAAUCUCGCCUGUGGUGGCGACUGCAUUCGUGGGCCUCGCCAGUCUGUUUGGGAUUUUCUUCACCAAGCUUUACCGGGCUCGAUCAUAUGUCCGAGAUCUCAGGGGGAGAGGUUGGGUAUUUUACUCCAAAAAUCUAUCAAAGAUGCUUUCUUUGAAUGCUAACUUCUAUUUUUCAGCCGGUAGCCCCGAACCACAGCUUUUUCUUCGGCCAUCUGUUGUAUUUGAAAAAACAUGUCGAUAAAUCACCCCCAGAAGCGCAUUAUCUUUAUCCCAUCAGUGAUAUCUACCUCGAAACUUCCAGAAAGAGGGAGCUUUCUAUUUGGAUAUGUGGCCUAUAAACCCCCUGUUUUUUGCGGUGUUCUCCCCGGACACUGCUACCUCAGUAACACAGACCAAUCCUCAUACCUGUUCGCAGAGACCUGAAUCUCUCCCGGAGUUCUUUAAGCCUAUUGCCGGAGGUCCAAAUCUUUUCGAUAUGCCAGAGUCCGACUGGAAAGCGUGGCGUGGUGUUUUCAACAGGGGGUUCAACACCGAGCACUGCCAGUCUUUGGUUCCAGGGAUGGUCAAACAGACUCUGGUUUUCAGGGAAACCAUGCGAGAGCAUGCGCGUAAAGGAGACAUUUUCUAUCUCGAUACAACUACUCUACGCUUCAUGAUUGACAUGAUUGGCGAAACCAUCCUGUGAGUAGCCUCGUGAUCUCGCUUAACUAAAUAAAGCUCAAGUCUUAUAUAUUUUCGCACUUGGAAAUACUGAGCUCUGUGCUCAGACUGGUUACAACACACUGGCAGAUUGCAUGAUAAGCCAGAUCCACUGGAUUGCCCCAACAGGAUUUAACCCUUUCGCAUCAUUCAACCUUGUACGCGGCUUCAUACACUGGUGGAACUCCCGCAAAAUGAAUCUCUACAUCGGCGAGGAAGUGGAUAGACGUUAUCUGGAAUACAAAAUUGACACAGAAAAAAAACGGAGCCGAGCUGUGAUAGAUCUUGUCCUUCAAACUUAUCUUGAGAAUGAUACUGGCAAAACACAUGAGAAACUUGAUCCAGAUUUCCGAGCGUUUGCCAUUCGGCAAAUUCGACUCUUUGUGUACGUUGGACACGACACGACUAGCAGCACGAUUUGCUAUUGCAUUCAUCUUCUUUCAAAAAAUGCCGAUGCUUUAGCGAAGCUUCGGGCGGAGCACAAUGCCAUCCUGGGCGAAGACAUCGAAGCAGUCUCAUCGACUAUCAUUGAACAACCGCAACUCCUUAAUGAUCUAACGUACACCAACGCAAUAAUAAUAGAAACACUCAGGUUUUUCCCGCCAGCCAACGGGGUACGUCAAGGCUCAAGACUUACACAUAUACUUGACGACACCGGAAAUUCCUGCCCGACAGAUCGAGCUAUGAUCUGGGUCGGACACAUGCAGAUGCAGACGGCACCAAAAUACUGGGUUCGACCACUUGAGUUUCUUCCUGAACGAUGA